CACGCACUGGGACACAGAGAGAGAGAGAGAGAGAGAGUCAGUGACUAGAGAGCGAGAGCGAGGGUAACAGAGUAGUAGUAGUUGUGGUCACCGCAACAAGGUUGUAUGUGUGCGUCUACUUGAUUCUUGUUCUCUUUCUUGUCUUGUCCCCAUUGUUUCCCGUUUCUUUCUAUACACAUCUCGCGAAUCUCAGACACACACACACACGGAGACACAGAAAGAUACCAGGUUGAGGGAGAUUCUUUCCUAUUCCGGAGAGAAAAACAGUUCCCAUUUAUUCCUUCCAACACCACAGAAUCGACCCAGAACAGAGUCUCUAGCUUUUUUACGCAGAGAAGCCUCGAAAUGGAGAUUGAGAGUGAGAUAAAACAGUCCAAGUUCAGAAGGAUUUGUGUCUUCUGUGGGAGUAGCCAGGGAAAGAAGAGCAGCUAUCAGGAUGCCGCUAUUGAGCUGGGCAAAGAACUGGUGUCGAGGAACAUUGAUCUGGUCUACGGUGGAGGUAGCAUAGGCCUUAUGGGCUUGGUCUCACAAGCUGUUCAUGAUGGCGGUCGGCAUGUCAUUGGAGUCAUUCCCAAGACGCUCAUGCCCCGAGAGUUAACUGGUGAGACAGUAGGAGAGGUGAAGGCAGUUGCAGAUAUGCAUCAAAGAAAGGCAGAGAUGGCUAAGCAUUCAGAUGCUUUUAUUGCCUUACCUGGGGGUUAUGGAACUUUAGAAGAGCUGCUUGAAGUUAUAACCUGGGCCCAGCUCGGCAUUCAUGAUAAGCCGGUGGGAUUGCUUAAUGUAGAUGGAUACUACAAUUCCUUGCUCUCAUUCAUCGACAAAGCGGUAGAGGAGGGGUUCAUCAGUCCGAGCGCUCGUCAAAUCAUCGUAUCAGCCCCUACAGCAAAGGAGUUGGUGAAGAAAUUGGAGGAAUAUGUGCCAUGUCAUGAAAGAGCGAUCUCCAAGUUGAACUGGGAGGUUGAGCAGCUCGACUAUCCUCGAGAUUAUGAUAUUUCUAGGUGACAAGCUUGGUUCACGAUGCCACUAGGGAAAGUUGAGAGACGAUUUUAUAGACAUGAAAAGUAGAGGAAAGGAACUAAUUUGGAAUUUCAUGGAGGUUUUCCCAGUUGAGGAAAACGCUUCUUGUUUUUGUAAAUUCCCUUGCACUUUGACUAUGAUAUGUGAAGCUUCAUAUUCACUUGAAAUGAAGAUAUCUUCAUUUUGGUUUCCUUUGUAUAAGCGCGGUUUACCAACAUGUUUGCUUUGUGCAACUUUCAGAGAA